GGAAAGAAGCACAGGAAGGACCCGUGCUCUUUGAGGACCUGCCCCCGGCCAGCAGUACUGAUUCAGGAUCUGGGGGACCUUUACUCUUUGAUGAUCUCCCACCUGCUGGCAGUGGUGAUCCAGGUUCUCUUGCCACAUCAGUUUCCCAGGUGGUGAAGCAUGAAGGAAAAGGAACAAAGAGGAAAGCUCCACAGGAAGAGAAGAAUGGCGGUGAAGAGCUUGUGGAAAAGAAAGUUUGUAAAGCCUCAUCAGUGAUCUUUGGUCUGAAAGGCUAUGUAGCAGAGCGGAAGGGCGAGAGGGAGGAAAUGCAGGAUGCCCAUGUCAUCCUGAAUGACAUCACUGAGGAGUGUCGGCCUCCAUCAUCCCUCAUUACUCGGGUUUCAUACUUUGCUGUUUUUGAUGGACAUGGAGGAAUUCGGGCCUCAAAAUUUGCUGCACAGAAUUUGCACCAGAACUUAAUCAGGAAAUUUCCUAAAGGAGAUGUAAUCAGUGUGGAGAAAACUGUGAAGAGAUGCCUGCUAGAUACUUUUAAACACACCGACGAAGAGUUCCUGAAACAGGCCUCAAGCCAGAAGCCUGCCUGGAAAGACGGGUCCACUGCCACGUGUGUCCUGGCUGUGGACAACAUCCUGUAUAUCGCCAACCUUGGAGAUAGUCGGGCAAUCCUGUGUCGAUACAAUGAGGAAAGUCAAAAACAUGCAGCCUUAAGCCUCAGCAAAGAGCACAACCCAACUCAGUAUGAAGAACGCAUGAGGAUACAGAAGGCCGGAGGGAAUGUCAGAGAUGGACGUGUCUUGGGCGUACUAGAAGUAUCCCGUUCCAUUGGAGAUGGGCAGUAUAAGCGCUGUGGGGUCACAUCUGUGCCGGAUAUCAGACGCUGUCAGCUGACCCCCAAUGACAGGUUCAUUUUGCUGGCCUGUGAUGGGCUCUUCAAGGUCUUUACCCCAGAGGAGGCUGUGAACUUCAUCUUGUCCUGCCUUGAGGAUGACAAGAUCCAGACCCGAGAAGGGAAGCCUGCUGUUGAUGCCCGCUAUGAAGCUGCCUGCAACAGGCUGGCUAACAAGGCAGUGCAGCGCGGCUCCGCAGACAACGUGACGGUGAUGGUAGUGAGGAUAGGACACUGAGGGCCUGCACAUGCGCUCUUGACUUGGAGGUUCAUUUUAUUUGUACACAGUGUGUGUUCUCCUGUGGGACUUAUAUGGUUGUAAAUAAAGGUUUCUUUUUUUUUUCCUAGUCA